AAUAGCGUGAAAAAAAUGUAUUUAACUCUAUUAAAUGGAACUGGCUAUGUAUUUAGUGUGGAUGAUUACAUGGAGCUGCGAACCAAACAUCGGCUAAUGGGCGCUCUCGUCGGCACGGCGAACACCAAAGGCUGGAGCCCCAAUCAGUCCACUCUUCCCGUAGAGCUCACGAAAUUCGAGACACAAUUGAUCCUGGACGAGGGCAUAGCUCUGCUGGUCAAUAAAUCAAAAACAUUUAGUACAUCUCCUACGCCCAAAGAACUGGCGGAAUAUAAAGCCGACCUUAAAGAGCGUUUGGAGGGCCAGGCAGAUGCCCUGAAGGGGGAGAAACUACGAGAGACCGAGCGUUAUAUGGACAAGAUUCUGCUUGGAAAACGCAACAAGUUGUUGAAGCAGGGUCUGUCUACGCAAGCUGCUGCCUUAGACGGAGAGGAUGUGCUCAAGGAAGUGGCGGACAACUUCAAGUUUGACCUACAGAAUGCGCUAAUGGAAGUUCCCUGCCAACACCUAAGCAAGCACACUGCGGAAAUUAUUCCAGGACCAAUUGUGGACACCAGUUGCAUCAGGUACCGAAUAUUUCGGGACCUCUGGCUGCGGGGAAAGUUCGUGACUUCCGGCGAGGCAUUCGGCGCAGAUUUUCUAGUCUAUCCCGGAGAUCCCCUUAUCUACCAUGCCUCGCACAUCGUGAUUGUACAAAAUACCUCACCGAUAAGACCCUUGGACUUGAUUGCCAAAGUCCGUCUCUCGGUGAUUGUGAACAAGAGCUGCGUGUUUGCCUAUGAGAAGAGAGGUGAAGGAAUCACCUAUCAAACAGUGGCCUGGUCCAAUCCAAGCAGUUUCGUGAAAGCGCCGUGAGGAGGGAUAGGGAUUUCAGGAUUCGCGAAUCCUGAACGAAAC